AUGGGGAGGUUCCCUUGUAAGAAGAAGCGUAAAGUCGAUGAUAAGUGCCGUCUGUUUAAUGAAGACUGGACGACCAAAUAUUUCUUUAUUGAUGCAGGAAAUAAAGCCGCAUGCUCACUAUGCCGUGAUAUAGUUGCCGUGUUCAAGGAGUACAGUCUGAAACGACAUCACGAAACAAAACACAGUGACUUUGGCUGCAAGCUUUUAGAUAAAGAACGAAAAAUAAAAGCAGCGGAGUUCGUGAAACGCUUGAAGAAGCAAACACCGCUUCAAAAUAGUGCUACAGAAGCAAGUUUCAUGGUCGCCUUUAACCUUGUUAAACGAAACGAACCUUUUUCGGAUGGCGAGUUUAUUAAACAGUGCAUGGCAGAGUGUGCAAGUGUAUUGUGUCCUGAGGUUAAAACCAAAUUUGAGAGCAUUUCAUUGUCAAGGAGGACUAUAGCGCGGCGCAUUGAUUUAAUUAGUGACGAACUUGCAGACCAGCUAAAGACUGGGAGCGAAGAUUUUGUUUGGUUUUCACUGACAAUGGACGAAAGCACAGAUAUUGAAGACACUGCACAAGUACUCAUCUUUAUCCGUGGAAUUAAUGAACAUUUCGUCAUCACCGACGAAUUACUUGGUAUAGUAUCCAUGAAAAAUAGAACCACUGCUCAGGACUUGUUAGAAUGUAUUGUUAAUUGUGUGGAAACAAGUGGCUUAUCCUGGAACAAAAUGGUAAGCAUUAAAACAGAUGGGUCCAGAGCUUUCUGUGGGAAAAAUAUAGGUAUGGUGAAACUUUUAAAAAACAAGUUACAAGCCGAAGACACAGACACUGAUAUUUUGGAUUUUCAUUGUAUUUUACAUCAGGAAAGCCUCUGCAAGACUGCACUAGACUUAAAGCAUGUGGUAGAUCCUUUUGUUGGUGUUGUGAACACAAUCAGAGUAAGGGCACUCCAUCACAGACAGUACAAAUCUCUUCUUGAGGAGGUGGGGGCACAACAUGAAGAUGUAAUUUACCAUAACAGUGUGAGGUGGUUGAUCUUGGGCAAAGUAUUAAAAAGAGUCUGGGCAUUACAGGAUGAAAUUAUUUUAUUUCUGGACCCUAAGGAGAUAUUUCAUGAUUUUGUUGCAAAAAUAGGAUGUGAAGAGUGGAGAUAUGAGAUGAUGUUUGCAGCUGAUAUUUUUGAAAAACUGAAUGAGCUGAAUGUGACAUUGCAGGGAAAGGGGUUGUUUCCUCAUGAAAUGUGA